AUGGGGAACAACCUGGCCUGCUGCCCGAAGUCCAAUGCCAGCCCCAAGCUGGGCCAGCACUCUGGGUGGGUGCAUCGGGACGAUGAGUCUGGUGUCUGUGAGGCGGGCACCAGGAACUCAGUGGCAUCACCACCAGCCCCAACUGCCCUGGAACCUGCUGAGUUGAAUUUCCAAGCUGAGUUGGUUUUAGAGUUAAUCCCUUCGGACAUUCCAACGGCAAGCACAAUUUUCCUGAAGAAAUUUCAAAUGGAUGUGCGAGAAAAGAAGAAGAACUACUCAUACUAUCCUGACAUUAGCAAUAUAUUACCACAUAAAGAACAGCAAGAAAUAGUUCCAGAGGAAUACUUUAAUUAUAAUCCUGAUUCCGAAAGUAUUUACAGAUUUAUUCACCCUUUUUUCAGUGCCACAAAGCUAGCAGCUGAAUGGGCAAUAAUAGCUUUGAUUUACAUAGAACGACUUCUAAUUUAUGCUGAGAUCGACAUUUGCCCCACUAACUGGAAAAGAAUUAUUUUGGGAGCCAUUCUUCUUGCCUCCAAGUAUGUGCAGGACGAGGCUGUAAGCAAUGCAGACUUCUGCCAAAUCUUCGAGGGCAUUACAGUGAAGGACAUAAAUGAGUUGGAAAGGCAAUACCUAGGUCUACUGCGGUUUCGUCUUUAUGUUUCUGCCAGUGUCUAUGCCCAAUACUAUUUUGACCUUCGGUCUUUAGCAAGUAACCAUGGACUGCCUAUUGUACCUGCUCCUCUUUAAAAAGAAAGAGCACUGAACCUAGAGGCCAUUUCCAGAUAUUGUGAAAACAAAGACCUGUGCAGAGUAGCUAUAAAAGAAUCUAACAGCUGUGAUAAAUUUACUAAUAUGCAGCAUGCCAAUGCCAUUUUAUCUUAAACUAAAAAUGAGGGGUUUUGAUAUGAUGAACCCCUCAUCUACAAUAAUGGAGAAAUGUUACCGCUCCUGCUCAAAAACCAACAAAGCUAGUAUUUCUCACAAGGGAGAAGUGAGGGGUUGUAAUAUUAUAAGCCUUUUGUCUACAAGGUAAAGAACUUUAAAAAAAAUCACCAUCCUGCUCAA